AUGGUCAACGGACCCAAUGGAGUCCCAGCCGGCCGUGCACCGGUGCUGCGGCGGAGGAGAACAAAGUCGACGGAUGACGUUGGACGGGAGCCAGCUCCUGAAGAGGAGAUAGAGUUGCCAGUUGCGACGGCACCGGCUAUCCGACCGGUUGCCGAGGCUUCCAGCAUCGUGGAUGUCGAUGGCCAGAACCCGGGAAACCCCUCGCAGGCCGAAGAGGCCGAGACGCAGGAGACGGAAGAGACGGAAGAGGCCGAAGAGGCCGAGGACCUCCAGGUUGUGGAGCUCGAAGACGGGCUGGACGUCUUCGUGCAUCGCAAUGCCGAAGCUUGGGUCCUCACUCCGCUUUCUGGACACCUGCGCUUGGAGCUAAGGCCCGUGCCGGCAGAUGGCCUGCCCCCGGCAGGCAGUGACGGUGUCAUCUGGCGCUUGGAUGACAAGGUGUUGGCACAGGGCGUCGAGGAGCACCUGGAGGAUGGCGAGGAGUUUCCGUUGCUUCGCCAAGACAACGAGAGCCUCGCGCGCUCCAUGUCCAGGAGGAUAAAGAAAGUCAGCUCCGGGAUGCGACGGCUGCGAAGCGUCACGGAGAAGCUUGAGGAGAAGCUGAAGCGCUAUCAGGAGGAUCAACUGGACCUUGAGAAGCAGCAGCGGCGCCUUAGACGAGGACGCGAGGACCUCCUCAAGGACCAGGCAGAGCUGGCGAAGCUCCAGAAGCAGCAUGAGGCUGAUCAGGCCAAGCUGGCGCAGGAGCGCUCACGGUUCAAUGAGGAGGUGCGUAAAGUGACAGAGAACCUGGUGCUGUCAAAAAGGCCGCUUUCAGGUGACUCUGCAGUGCUUCCUCCACAGAGCUUCUUCGUGGCUGCACAGGAGGAGUUCUUGCGCGCUGCUCCGGAUCUGAUUCCAGCAGAUGAGGCCUCCAUGGCUCGCAUGCGGACGCGGCCCGAAGCCGCCUUUGGAGCCGCCUGCAAUGACUUCCUCUCCAGCGCUGCCUCGAGCCUCGGUGCAGGUGCGAAUGCCCUGGUGGAUGCCUUGCUAUCGUUUCAGGCCCUUCUCGAUGCCAAGGCUCCGGUGCGUGUGGCGCAGUCCUUGGAGCAAAUGGCGGGCCUGUCACGGGGAGUGGCCAAAGCUGCCAACGUGGGUGGUCGAAUGCGACUGUCCUUCGCGGCCUCGUCGUGCGCACUCUGGUGUGGACUGCAACUCGCAGACUACCUUGCCCAGCGAUGGGACGAGGCCAACAUCCCCGAGCUCCUCCAGGAGUUCUCAGAGGAGACACCAGAUAUGGGCUUCCUUCUCAAGCGAUCUAAGUUCAUCCACCAGGUCGGAUCUUCCAUGAAGCGCGUGCUGAAGACUUGGGUGGAUUACGCGGACCACAGGCGCCGGUUCAUCCGCUGUUUGGCAAAGCCAGGCGAGGGCGCCGGUGAGUCAGAUCUGCGGUUGUCGGCGUCUCGAUUCCUUUUGCAGAAGCCUACCGGCAUUAACAUGCUGCGGACCUUGCAACUAUGGAUUGCUGCGGUCCUGACUUUCGGACCCUCGGUGCUUGGAGAUCAAAGCAUCAGUGGCGGCGGCAUCUUCAUGAAGAUCCAGGGCCAGAGUGGCAAGAUGACCUUCGCCACGACUGAACCUGUGGGAUCAGCCCCUGACCGCGUGCAGAUCCAAAUGGCGAGCUUGCAGGAGCUCGCGGCGGAUGGCACGGUGCUGGGAGGUGGCGGGAAUGCCAAGCAUUCCUUCAACAGCUUCGCCACCCAAGACUUCACCUUCGGAAAUCCGAUGGCUAGCACCAUCGCCGGGGUUCAGAAGGACACGGCGGGAGCUGAUGGGCUGGUGCCGGACAGUCCGACCGGUCACUCGCCCAAAGACUACAACGUGACAACUGUGUCCUUCACCAGCUAUCUCGGUAGUGGGAACCCGGACACAGACUCCAAGCUUGAGAUCGAAUCCAUCAUCUUCAUGGAGGAUGCGAUCUUGCAGUUUCAAAACCCCGACGGCACGUACAUUCAUCCCACCAUUUCCCAAGGGACAGUGAAGUUCAACGUGAAGAUGAGCCAGUGGAAUUGGUGCGCUGACAAUUGCAAGUCAGCGGAUGGAGUAGGUGAUUCGGUUCGUCUGACGAUUGAGAUGAUCAAUGAAGUCACCGAGUCAUCAGACACGUCUUCGAACGACACCACCACAGAGGUCGUCACACUGUCCCCGACCACCACCCCCACCACCACCACCACCACCACACUGCCUGACUCAAACAGUUCGGGCACCAACUCGAGCUCCAAUUCCUCAAGGAGGCUCACGGGUUGCACGGGUGGCUCCUGUGAGAAUGGUGCCGUUGAGGACUUGGGAGGCGUUUACUUGUCAGUGCUCAACACGUACAUGAUCCAAUCUCAGGAUGGGACAAUCACACAGUACACAUUGCCCAAGAAUCCCGUCCUCACCAUCGAUCCGCCUCCUGGUACCUCGGGCGCCAGCAGGCGCACGACAACCCUGGUGCUUGAGUUCCCGCGGGCCAACUUCACGGCAAAUGACACCCUGAUCUACGACCCGCUCUUGAGCUACUCGGAGUUCGAGGAUGACACCGAAGAUGGCAGUAGCACUACCGGUGACAGCGGAACAGGUGGUAGCAGCACUACAAGUGAUAGCGGAACAGGUGGUAGCAGCACUACAAGCGAUAGCGGCAACCAGCCAGUUAGCAAUGCCCACGGCAUGCCUUUAUGGUCAUUGCACAUGUUGGCUUCGGCUGCACUGCUGGGGUCAGCAGCUCGAUUUUGA